CUGAUAUGUAAAACAAGACUGUUGUGAAUAUCUUACCAUCUACCAUUUCACGCUUGCUGAUAAUCAUGAAUACAAAGGUGGGGUAACAUGGCUGCUCCUAUUCGUCCAUCAAACGAAAAUAGUCCUCUUUAUCAUUCUUGUAUUUGUUUUCGUGUGAGUUUGAUAUUCAUUCAUAAUCUAGCACACACCAAGGGACCAAAGGAGAGGACCGAUUGUUGAUAGUAAGUGGAUUUAUCUGGUUGCAGGGUAAGGCCUACACAUAACACGACACUCAUUUCGUAGUGUGAUCUUAGCCUGUGUAUACAUUAUUUGGACUGUCACCUUACCCUUCCAGAUUCCAAUGGAAAUGAAUAUUUUACUUGCAGUUCUUGAGGAUAUUUGGUUGUCGAUCAUCUGUGGCUUCGCAACAACACAUUUUCAUAUGAAAUGGUGUUUGAUUUCAGUCGCGUUGGCUACAGUGUUCGCCACUUCACUGUUUCUUCUAGCUGUGUUUACCAAGGCAGUCAGAGAGGUGAACUACAAAUUCUUAUUCAUCUGUACGGCAAUAUCGAGUGUAGUGUUGGUUAUUCUUGAGGUUUUCGAAGUGGCAAAGCUUCAUACUCAGGUCAUUACCAUUUUAUUGGCCUGUGUCCAGUUGUUAAUAUCGGCGAUAUUCAUUUAUGCAAUCGUGAAAAUGAUAUGGGAGGCAGGAGCAGGAAUCAAAUCCGAUGAAAUCGUCUACUUUUCUUGUUUAAUGGUCACUUUGACUGCUUCUUCAUUUUUCUUCUUUUUGGCAAUGUUCCCAUCUAAGCCUACUGCAAAGUAA